UUUUUGGCACGGUAUGGGCUGGCUUCAGCGGUUCAGCCUCCGACGCUUCCAGAAACGACACAAAUUUUUUUCCUGUACUUUAAUGGAGGAAUCUCUGCUCCUGAACACCCACAGCACUGCUCUUAUGGUGAAGAACUCUGAACCCCACAAACAACCCAGAGGAAGAACCCCAUGGCGCAAUCAGCCGAUGAUUCGUGCGGCCACAGAGAAGUAGCGCUCAAGGUCGAAGACGGAGACGCCGACGAUGGGUCCCGUAAUCUCCGGUCUUCGUCGAAGGAGCUCAAGGUUUCGUUCAAAGGCAAUUAUUCGUCGGAAGACGUCCGGCGCCGGCACAAAGAGUCGCCGGCUGAAGAGAACAGCCCACUUUUGCCCAGUCCCACCGCCGCCGCCACCGCCGCCACCAGCGGCCGUGGUCGCGGCCGCGGGGAGUGCGAGGGAGAGGUUCUGGUGUGUAGCGGGAACGCUUCCUUCCGGCGAAAGUCGUUGGGGUUUUCGGGCAGCCCCAAGCCGAAGUCGAGGUUGAUGGACUCGCCUGCACAGCAAAAUCGAAAAUCGGGAAAAAUGGCGAAAUCUGGUGGUUUGGGAAACCCUAGCAGUGGCGACGAAGAGGAUGAUUUGUUGGAUGAAGACAUUCCCGAAGAGUACAAGAAGGCCAAGUUCAGCGCCUUGAAUGUGCUUCAAUGGGCGAGUCUAAUUUUGAUUACGCUGGCUUCAAUAUGCAGCCUCUGGGUUCCCGUUUUGAGGAAGCAGAGGGUGUGGGAUCUUCACAUUUGGAAAUGGGGCGUAAUGGGUUUAGUCUUAAUCUGUGGGCGUCUGGUCUCCGGUUGGGGAAUUCGCGUUGCGGUGUUCUUCAUUGAGCGAAAUUUUCUCUUGCGGAAAAGGGUUUUGUAUUUCGUGUAUGGAUUGAGGAAGGCUGUUCAGGAUUGCCUCUGGUUGGGUCUGGUUUUGAUUGCCUGGAACUGUAUUUUUGAUGAUAAGGUCGAGGAGGAGACUCACAGUAAGAUCUUGCCUUAUGUGACCAAAGUCCUUGUGUGUCUCUUGGUGGGCACUUCAAUAUGGCUUGUCAAGACCCUCCUUGUUAAGGUCCUUGCUUUGUCCUUCCAUGUGAGCACCUUCUUUGAACGGAUUCAGGAGUCUUUGUUCAAUCAGUAUGUGAUCGAGACGCUCUCAGGGCCUCCUUUGAUUGAACUCCAAGAGGAGGUGGAGAGGGUUGUGGACGAGAUGAACAAGACUCAGAAUGUUGGGAGAGCAGUGGGGAGUGGUAGAAUAGAGAACAGCCCUAAGAUUGGGAAGAGUCCUAGGUUUUCUGUAACUAUGUCUAACAAGGAAGAUGAGGAGAUCACAAUUGAUCACCUGUACAAGCUGAAUCAGAGAAAUGUGUCUGCUUGGAAUAUGAAGCGAUUGAUGAAUAUUGUUCGGCAUGGGGCCCUUUACACCCUUGACGAGCGAAUACUGAAUUCUGAUAUUGGGGAUGAGUCAUCAUUGCAGAUCAGAAGUGAAUGUCAGGCAAGGAAGGUAGCUCGAAAGAUAUUCUGCAAUGUCGCUAGGAUGGGUUCUCGGUACAUCUAUGUUGAGGAUCUGAUGCACUUCAUGAGAGAAGAUGAAGCUUUGAAGACCAUGCAUCUUUUUGACGGAGUAAGCAAAUGCCAUGGAAUCAGCAAAGCAUCUCUCAGGAAUUGGAUGGUUAAUGCAUUUAGAGAAAGAAGAGCACUUGCAUUGUCUCUCAAUGACACGAACACAGCUGUGGACAAACUCCAUCAUUUGCUGAGCAUCCUUGUAGCUAUUAUCGUCGUGAUAAUUGGGCUUCUAAUAAUUGGAAUUCCAAUCAUCCAUUUCCUUGUCGUCAUUAGUUCCCAGAUUCUUUUGAUGGCGUUUAUCUUUGGGAAUACCUGCAAGACCAUGUUUGAAGCAAUCAUCUUCUUAUUUGUAGUGCAUCCUUUUGAUGUGGGUGAUCGUUGUGAAGUGGAAGGAGUCCAGUUGGUAGUUGAAGAGAUGAAUAUAUUAACUACUGUGUUUCUGCGGUAUGAUAACCAAAAGAUUGUGUACCCCAACAGUGUCUUGGCCACAAAGCCCAUCAGCAAUUAUUAUCGUAGUCCAGAUAUGGGUGAUGCAAUUGAUUUCUGUAUACACAUCGCGACUCCAAUGGAAAAGAUUGCUACCAUGAAAGAAAGAAUUAAACGGUGUAUUGAAAGAAAGAAUGAUCAUUGGUUACCCGAUCCAAUGGUGGUCAUGAAGGAUGUGGAAGGAUUGAACAGACUAAGAAUGGCAGUGUGGUUUACACACAGAAUGAACCAUCAUGACAUGGGGGAGAGAUGGACCAGGAGAGCCCUGCUGGUCCAGGAGAUUAUUGAAGUGUUCAGAGAGCUCGAUAUUGAAUACCGCCUGUUGCCACUCGACGUGAAUGUCAAACACAUGCCCGGUUCGAUUUCAAACGGGCUUCCUUCUAAUUUGACAACUGAUGUUAGCUGAUUGACUGGGCCAGAAGAAUUCAAUCUCUGCACUACCUUCAAUUCGGGAACCCAACAAAUUCAUUGUUUUCUGCAGCACGUAGGGUGUUGAAGAACUCACUUGAGAAAUGUUGGUGAAGGGCAGAACAAAUGAGCGGGAUGAAAGAAAACGUUCUUGGACUUCAACUUUGGAUCGAGGUGGGAAUCCCGUAGAGCUCCCCUCCCCGACACCCAAACUGUGGGGAGAAAGUAUGUAAAUUUGUGUGCGCUUUAUGAGCAUGUAAUAAUAUUAUGUAGUUGUGUUAUGGAGCCACAGUUUCUUCAGUAUGACACGUUGGUGUCCACUUCUAGUCGUAGAAAAACGUUGAUAUCUGGAAGGAUUGUGGAUGCAGAUUGCAGCAUCUGUACCCUCGCUGAUGUCCCUUGCGCUUCACAGUCGAGGAGCUUGGAUUUGUGACAAUUUGUGGUAAAUAUUUUAAAAGAAAAAUCCUUUUCGCUGCCAA